CCUUCGUCAAGUGUGGUUGUGUCGCCAGUCGCAAUGUAAACCAUUCGCGCGUUCGAACAUUCAAUACGACUGUUGACAUAAAAUGAAUUUGUAUUUUGUGGAAAUGUGUCCGUUUUCUAUAACGAUUGUCGAGUGCUCAAUGGAUUUGUUUUGAUAAAUCGUAAAGUUGCAACGAUAAAUCAUAGCUGGAUGUUUAACAUGGUGAUUGUCAGCGUUUUUAAUAGACGGCAGCACGUAGCGGCGCCAUGGAGUUCCACUACGACAGGGGGCGCUCGUGCACAACAUGAACUUUUCGAAUUACUGGAGCGAGUGCAAUGUUCUCGGCUUGAUGACCAGAGGGCAGUGCUGCCGCCUUAUUUUUCACAGGUGCCUCGGACUGAUAACCGUCGGACGGUAUCGGUUGGAGCGACAGGGGGCGUGGGAGAGCGGCAUUCGUAUGCUGAAGGCCGAGUCCCUGCGCCCCACGGGCCACCGCCAUCACCGGGAGCAGUAGCAGCGCAAAGACGGGUAGCGGCGGCUUGUCAGGCUAGUCGCAAGCUUCUGGAAGAGACGCUCGCUAAAUCUGGAACACCACCGACAAUAGUCCAACCUCCCAGUGGUGGAUAUUGGGUAGACGGGGUGGAUGACGCGCAGGAUGGCGAAGAAUCUGAUCCCAGAGCCCAACCUGGCACCCCCAAGCAAUCGUCACGGCGGCACAACAUCGACACAGACGACACCGCUAAAUAUUAUAGGCGGUUCUUCCUUGGAAAGGAGCACAUCAACUUGGUUGGGUUUGACGAAAAUCUGGGCCCAGUGGUGAUGUCAUUAAAGAACGAGCAUGUGGCCGGCCAAGAUCAUACGAGGAUACUCCUGAGGCUACGUACGGAGACUAUGCAUGGGCUAAUACCAACAGCAAGAUCAAGCAUAAUGCCGUCGCCUCUGAAAAUGGCCAAGAUGCUCAACGAACAAGUGAAUGUCGAUAACUUUAUGGCAGUGAUGUGUUUAAAUGCAUCACAAUUGAUUGCUACGUACGAUGAGCAUGUACUCGUAAACAGCUUCAAGUUCGGCGUUCUUUACCAGAAGUAUGGUCAGACAACAGAAGAGGAACUAUUCGGGAACAAUGAGACAUCGCCUGCUUUCGAUGAGUUUUUAGAAAUGCUUGGACAAAGGAUUAAGCUUAAAGAUCAUAAAGGCUACAGAGGAGGACUAGACAUAAUGAACGGUCACACCGGUACAGAGGCGGUAUACGAGCAGUAUUACAAUAGAGAGAUCAUGUUCCACGUGGCUCCACUGUUACCUCACACGGCUGGCGACGCACAACAACUGCAGAGGAAACGGCAUGUUGGCAACGACAUCGUGGCAAUUGUUUUUCAGGAGAAAGCAACCCCCUUUACGCCAGACAUGAUCGCUUCGCAUUUCCUCCACGCCUUCAUCGUCGUAACGCCCGUAGACGCUGCUGGUGGGGAGACCAGGUACAAAGUGGCCGUCACCGCUAGAGUGGACGUACCAUUUUUCGGGCCGACUCUCCCUCAACCGCCGAUAUUCCGUAAAGGGCGCGAACUGAAGGAGUUCCUUCUGACGAAACUGAUCAAUGCCGAGAACGCAUGUUACAAAGCUGAAAAAUUUGCGCAGCUCGAGUUACGAACACGUUCCUCUUUGCUCAUGAAUUUAGCUGAGGAGUUGAAAAAUAAAACUGUCGAGUUUCUCGGUACCGGUACAAGAGUGGAACCGGGCGCUGUGUCACCGCAGCCGGAGGGUACACCGAAACAAGACGGGCCGGGAGCACGAUUCAUUGAUACCGUUAAGAAGGCACUUAUUUCUAAAGUGAGGUCACCGAGCGUAGACACCAACCUCUCUAGUGACAGCAAUAAGAAUGUUCUCAACAAAAAUAAAGUUUCAGCUUAUGAAAGCCACACUCCAAAUAGCGGACGGUCCAAGUCGUCAAUACCGUCUUCGUCAGCGAGUGCGGUGUCUGUGCGAUCAGCGGGCGGCUCUGGGGAGUCGAGCCCCGACGUAACGUCACGGGUUGCUCAACCGCGGCCCCCGCUACACGACCACAGCGAUGACUCCAGUCUCAACUCCGUCGACUUGGACCCACUCGGUGCAGUGUACGUGGACAGUGAUACAGGGUUAGAGUCGAUGUCGUCAGCGGAAGCCGGCGCGAACACACGAGGGGAGCCGCUCGCAAUUCCGAGAGCGGAUGCGGACCAACUAAGGCAAGAAGUAUGCCGUUUGAAGAAUGAUAAAUUGGACUUAUUGAAACAAAAUAUUACGUGGCAGAACGAAAUAAAAUGUUUGCGUGAAAGAGAGAUGGCCUUACAAGCGGAGUUGGCAGUCGCGGCUAGAGAAGUUAGGCGUCUCCGUGAACAACAGGCGGCCGGCACCACCAUACCGCCACCGUCGUCACAUGACUCAUCAGCUUAAACAUACACCAUACUGCAUUGUAAUAGAGUCGCUCCUUGUCUGAACUUAAAGUAAUUGAUGUUCUAUAAAUGUCGAAAUCGUUAAGAGCUAUUUUCUAUGCACUUUUUCAAUCAAACGGUCUUCAAACUGGUCUGUAUCAAAUUUGUCUGCUACAUAAUGCUAGAGUAGAUCUGAAGAGCGUAAAUAAGAAAGGCUGAUUUUCUAUCGGAGACGCGAAAGGGAAUUUUGUUAGAGGAAUAAUUAUAUUAAAAGAUUUCGGAAACAAAAUGUUGUAUAAUUAUGUAGAGAAUCUUUAUAAUAAUAUUGCAGUGUAGCUCUCUAAGUGUGAAUUUUCUUACUACAAUAGUAGAAUAUUUUUCUACGUUCUUAAUUUGAAACUUCUGCUCAGAUUAACUUUAGUCAAUAAUAGGUACUCUAUCUUUUAAGAAACAGGGAGAAAAGAACGUAAUAUUUUAUUUGUGCAAUACCUUUGUUUUCGAAACGUUAAUAUUGUCCGGUCACAUGCUUUAUAAAAAAUAGCAAAGGAAAGUCUUUGCAUGCAUUGUCUAUUUGAUUAAUAUGACGUAUUAUAAUUAUUUUUAAUAAGUGACCAUUCCUAUUUCUAUUGAAAUAUUUUUUUAUAUAUAUUAUCCCAGUUGCACGCUUUCGUCGCGCCUCGACUGACUUACGAUACGAUAAAAAUAAUUUAAUAAGAAUUUCACUAGCUUAAAUUAAAAGAGGUAACUACGUAAUGUUUUUGACCUUUUAUAAUGUCACUUUACCAAAACUAAUAUUUAUAAUAAUCGAGUAAAAACUUCUCGAGACGUACUGUAUCUCUUUUCAAGAAUACAAAAGUCUACUAUGAGCUAAUCGCUUUGUAAAUGUUGUGAUAAUGUAGACUUAUAAAUCAAUAUAUUUAUAGUGAAAGAUAAUGGUUAUUUAUAUGUGUAUUGAUAUAUAAUUAUUAUACGGAAUCUAAACAGUCUUAGGUGGUAAACUUGUGGUGACGGAAGUCGAAGCGUCAUUAAGCGUUAUACGAUAAAGUUUUGAUACAUUUCAUCGGAGCGUAGCGUUGUCCUUUUGUUUAUGAAUAAACAUAGAUAUUUCAGUUAAGUAAGAUACAAAUUGGAAAUAUCAUUUAUUGUUUUAAAACUUAUAUUAAAAUUUUUAGACAAAAUAUUGUCGAUGUUAGCUUUCUAGCCCUGAGAAGUUGCUGAUUACACGGACCCUGUAUAUUACGCAAGAUUUCUCGCAAUUUGAAACACAUCAUCUUGCUAUGAAUUAAUUCGCGUGUACUUAUCAUACUUAGUUGAAAUUGUAACGCAUGACGCAUCGACUCAUGUCAUCGCAAAGCUUAAAACAUGACUCCAACUUCUAUGCGCAAAAUUUUAGAGACUUUAUUUAAGUUUUAUAGUAAAUUUUUAGUCAUCCCACUUUUUUCAAAUUUUGUAUUCACUAGAUGUGUCACAAAUUAUCCACCUUUAUCUAAAAUUGUUGAUACACCAUAUAGUGAACCAAACAGCCUUGAACUGGCGUCAUGUCGAGCUCUGAGGUGUAUGUUGUUUUAUCGUUUACCACGAUCGCUUUCAUUUAAUAAUUCAACCUUAACAAUAUUGUUUAUAUUGUCAGCAAUAUAUUUACUAUACUAUGUACGUCGAAUGUUAUUACGAUCGUUGUUUAGAUGGGCUAUUGUGCUUCAAAAUCUUUAAGUGAAAUACUGAUAUCGCAAUGUUUUCUAUUUUAGAUUAUAGAAUUGUAAAACGGUACCUACCAAUUAGGCCUUGAGUGUACUUUAGGAAACUUAACACUGUGGUGCAUUAGAGUAUAUUGUAUUUAUCUCAAUAUGAAAAUGAUCUUUAUCUAUGUUAUAUAAAUUCAUUAAAUAGGUAAAUAUUCGUUUAUAAUAUAUAGACAAUUUCCCAGUAUAUUUAAUUUAAUUGUGUGUCUUCAACCGUUUCCAUUUCACCGCACAGUGCAAUUUCAUUCGCAGUCAUUUACUAAAAGAAACUAUUUUAGUUUAUCUUAGAAAUAUACAAAUUUAAGUUUACCAGUUUUUGUAAAUAUAUUAGAACUGGAUCUAGGCUAUUGAUUAAAAACAGUAUUUUUUUUCUAAUUUAUACUUGAUUUAAGUCUCGUUCGUCGAGUUUCUUUGAGUUUGAAAUAUGUUAUGUUGUUUAUAAUUAAUAUUUUAUACCAAAGUUAACAUUCCCCACUAAAUAGUAUAGUUUUUUUUUUAUAUUUACCGUAAAAUUUGGAACAGUAUUUGAUAUGUAAGGUGUUAUUCGCAGUAGAUUUAAUCUAUGGUUUUGUUAAAAAUAUAGUGUUAUUUUCUGGUUGAAGGCUAAAAAGCCAGAGCCAAGGAAUUUUUGAAAAAGGUAUUUCAAUAUUAUAUACUAUGUUUGACUAACCAUAAGGUUGAUUUUCAUCUGUAAAACAUCUUCGUAGUGAAUGAAUGGGAUCUAAGUUUACAUUUAGUUUCUUUAUAUUAAAUGUAAUCCGUUGGAUUUUGUUCGAUUGUUGAUUAUGAGCAUGUUGAUUGCAAUUAACACUAACUAUUGAUUCGUCUUCAUGUAGACUUAAACCAAAUAUUGCGAGCGCGGAGCGUUAGAGGAAAUAGUUUAUAAUUUAAGAGAUACUAUUGAAAUAUAUAAAUAGUUAAUAAUA